AUGAUUUCGUCUGUAUUUAAUAAUAAAACUAGUUUAGUAUCGAACGAAAAUAAUUUAAAACAAUCAAAGAAUUCUUCAACUCUUUCAAUUCAGAAAAAUCAGAAGGAGCCGAAAAAUUUGACAGCUGUAGCACCAUAUGUUGAUGACAAAUAUUUAAAUGAAAUAGCAGAUCCCAUACCACAAAGUACAAAUCAAAAAAAUGUAUUAGCACCAGAUGCACCCAACAUUAAACAUUAUUAUGAAAAUGUUUCAAAAACUUUAAAAAACUCGAGUUCUAACUUACACAAUACAUCAGAACAACUUUCUUCCGAUAAAUUAAAUACCAUUCCCGAAAAUGCAAAUGCGCAAUAUUCUUUUAACAUUUCUUUUGAAACUGCCAAAAACGCAGAAAUAAGCAAUAAUUCUUCGUAUAAAAAUGGCGAAGAUUUUGUGUCUAAAAAUUUGAAUGCUCAAAUUCAACCAAACUCGAAUAUAAAAAAUGAACCAAAACAAAUAUCAUUCAACCAGGAUAAUUACUCUCAAAAAAUUAUUCAAAAGUUUUCCGACACGAAUCAAGAUUUGAACCUUCCCAAAGAAUUAAAAACCCUCGAUAAUUGUUCCAAAAACGUUAAUAAACCAAAUUUAAAUUUGGAAAGUCAAACAUCUAACUCAGCUAGUAUUCAAAAUUUUGCGAGUACUUCGUCCCAAAAAAGUAACGAAGAAUCAAUAAAUAUUGGAAAUUCAAAACCUUUUUCAUCAAAUGCUUCUUUUCAUAAUUACAAACAAUUUUCAAAUAUUCAUACAGAACUCAUACCAGAAAACAACUUAAAUUUUAAACAAAUUGAAACUUCUUAUCCUGAAAAUGUUUGUUCAAAUUCUGUGUCUUCUAAAUUUAUUUCACCCCAAAAUUAUAAUAAUUUAGUCGUUAAUACAUGCAGCGAAAUAAACAAUCCUAAAUCUUAUUGCAACCAAAAUACUUGCAAUAAUGUUACAUUUAUUUCACCGCAAAGUAAUAAUUCAACCAUUUCCAAACGCAGUGAAUUGGACGACUCUAAGAAUACCGAUAUUUAUAAGCCCGAAAUUAACUUUGAACAAUCAUUACGAUCGCAAUCUCAAACGAAUUCUCUAAAUAACAAAACUUCUGAAAAUCGAGUAUCUGUUAGAAUUCCUGAUCGAGAACCAUCAUUUGAAUGUGAACAAGGUAAUGUUCCACUACCAUACGAAAUUGAUAAUUUUUCCCAAUUUUCCUUAAAUAACUGUCCCAACUUUCCAAAUUUAUCUCAAAGAAGUAAAUCUGGAUUUGAGCCUAUGAAUAGUUCAGAAAAUAUUGCGAAACCGUUUGAAAGUUUUGAUAAAGUAACAAAUAUUGAAAGAAAAUUCAAAGAAAAUGAACUAAUUAGUGACGAAGAGGAAGCAAAUUCUUCGUUAACUGUAGAGACUUCCGAUUAUUUGGACACAUCACUAAAUUCAGAGGAAAUAGCACAGCCUACAAAAAAAAUCAAAUAUGAUGAUGAUCAUGAAAUGAAAAUCCCACAUUGCCAAGAUUAUCGACAUAAAAAAUUCGAUAAAUUCGGUAAGCUUUCUGUUUUACCGGAAGCAGAUUUAAAUCCACAAAGUCCUUCAGAAAAAUUAUCAUGUUUCAAACAAUCAAAAAAACAAUUACUUCCAAAAACACCAAAAGUACAAAUUUUAAGCGUUGAAAAUGUCCAAUAUCCCAAUGUUUCCUCAUUAAUAACAUCUCCAAGAGAGAACACUACCAAAACUAUUUCAUGGCGUUCGCCACUAACAUCUGAAAUAAUUUUUUCAACACCAAAUAGUAGCUGUUCGUCGUCUGAUGUAGGUUCACCGAUGACUAUGACAAAAUUAGACGCUAAAUAUCCAAACACAAUUCGAAUUAAAGAUUAUAAAACAUCAAAAGUCUCCACUGCUCAUUCUGUAGUAAAAAUUGACGAAAAUCCCUCUAACGAUAUUCACAAAAAAAUGACGUAUGUCCAAGAGUAUGUUGUUCGAGAAAUUCAGUUUAAACAGACAAUUGAUCAUUCGUCUGUAAUAUCAAAACCAAAAUAUAGUGAAAAUGGUGCUCGCAAGAAAAAUACUUCCAGUUCUACUCAUUCUGUAAAUUCGUCAGGAAAUCAGGCUAAAGAAUCUUCGAAUAGUUAUAAUUCCAUUCAGCGAAAUUCGGGAAGACCGAUUUCGUUGGAACAAAAACAAGCAUUAGCAAGCAAUUCUAAAUUGGAGUUUAAUAAUCGGAACAAUAUUCACAAGAGAGAUCAUCAUCAAUCAUCGAGCUCCGACUAUAGAAAAAAUGAAAAAUUACCUCAAAUGAAUCGUAUUCCUGCAUCAUCUGGAGCGGUUAUAAAUUCGCCUACAUUUAAAACCAAAAUGAAAAAUAUUUUAUCACAACUGUCGGAUAAAGGAGCUACAGAAGCGUUAACACCAUUAUCACAAAACAAUAAUUUAAACCAAGAACUGUUUAUACCAUCAAAUAUUCAAGAUUAUUCUGUACGAUCUGAUUUUUCUGUAUCCGAUUAUAAAACAAAAUCCCAAGAAAUUUUCUAUUCUAAGAGGGCGGAUGCCAUAUACAAAAAAAGCAAACUGAAUGUGGAAAAUUUAAGCAAUGACAUAAAUAAUAAUAAAUCGAAAGAUAAACAAAAAAUCAGUUCAAAUGAGAAUAUUAUUCGCCAGGAAACUUGUGAAAAAGGAUCUUAUUCGCUUUUUAAGAAUAAAGAAAAAUCGAAAAAGCGUCAAGGUCGAGAACCAUCGAAUGAACAAAUGUCAUUCAAUUUUAACCCUACAUCGUUUAUCAAGAAUCGAACUUCAAAUUCAAUCGAACCCGUUAACAUGAAAAAAGUUACAACGGAAACUUAUGCAAAAAAUACAUACUUCGUAAAAGAUUCCAGUAACUUAUCAUACGAUUCUGGCACAUUUUUCGAUUAUAAAAAUUCACAUGAAUAUGGGAAUAAAAAAAAUCCAUUAAAUUACAGUGGUGUUCUGACAUCAAACCGAAAUCGAAAUAUUGAAUCUCGUCAUACUUCGAAUUAUAUUAAACCUGUUUAUGAUUCAACAAUUGAGAAUCCAAAUAAAAUUGCAUCAAGUCAUUCAUCUGGUAAGAAUAUGGUGCGUUUACAAGAUGGUCCUUUAGUUGAUUUAAAUGAAGUGAAUCAACUUAUCGAAAAGGAUAGUUACGAUUUACAACCGAUGGAUGCACAUCCGCAAAAUUUAUAUAAUUUAUCGCCAAAAAGUUUUAUACAGACAUUAAAAUCGUCUGUUCCAGAAACACGAUUUAAUUCGAGCCGUUUCAACUUAUUUUAG